GCAUGCGCAGUUUGAAGUGUCUAGUACUGCCCGGCCUAGUCGGGGGGUAGGAGGAUGUUCCACGUGGUGUUCUCUGUGCGGAGCUCGCUGGCGAUGUGACGCUCUCCGGUGACGCUGGGACAGACCUUAGAGGCUGAAGAUGUCGGUCCCGGUGGCGGGGCUCCCCGCGCGGCUAGCGCUCUCAGCCUCGGCCGGCGCUGGUCGCUUUUGCGUGUUGGGGUCGGGAGUGGCGAGGUGGAGGGGCGUCCGCGCCGGGCACCGCCGGGGCUUGUCUGACCUCCAUCUGCAGCUGGUGCCUAGUCAGGGUUUCAGAGACUCGCCCUCGUGGUUGCCCAAGUACCGCUCAGAGCCCAAGAGUUACGUAACCAGUCCGAAACUGGCCACGACCUUGGUGCAGAUCCUGAAGAAAGAAGGGAAAAACCCUGACCAGCUCUUCCUGGAGUGCAAUCCAGGUCCUGGAAUCCUGACUCAAGCAUUACUUGAAAGCAAGGCCAAAGUGAUUGCCCUUGAAAGUAACAGAACUUUUCUUCCACAUUUGGAGUCCCUGCGCAAAAAGGUGAAUGGAAAACUAGAAGUGGUCUACUGUGACUUCUUUAAAAUGGAUCCUAGAAAUUUUGGAAUAGUAAAACCUCCCAUUAUGAUUUCAGAAACGCUUUUUCGGCAUUUGGGAAUAGAAGCGGUUCCUUGGUCAGAAGAUACCCCAUUAAGAGUAGUUGGAAUCUUCCCAGCAAAAAAUGAGAAAAAGAUACUUUGGAAGCUUUUAUAUGACCUAUAUUCUUCUACUUCUGUAUAUAGUUAUGGACGAGUAGAACUAAAUAUGUUUAUUACUGAAAGGGAAUACGAGAAACUGGUGGCAAGUCCCCAAAAUCCACACUUGUAUCAAGCAUUAAGUGUGCUCUGGCAAGUAGCUUGUAAGAUUAAGCUUCUGCAUGUGGAGCCUUGGUCCUCAUUUGGCGUAUAUGGCCAAAGUGGGAGACAGGAAAAGCUGAAGAAUAAGAAACCAUUAGAACAAAUAAAUAAACAAGUAGGACAAAACAUGUGUUUAAUUCAACUGACUCCUCUUCCGAAUUUAUUUACAGAAAAUUUAACAUCUGUUAACUAUGAUGUAUUUUUUCACAUGUUAAAGCAGUGUUUUAUGAAGCGUAAUUUCAAGCUAAUGGACCAUUUACAGUUAUUGAGUCCAGUUAAUGCAACAGCUAUAUUGAAGCAAAUAGAGAAAAAUGGAGACAUGAAAAUAACAGAUCUGUACCCUCAAGACUUUAAACAGCUUUUUGAAACUAUAGAGUGUUCCAAAGAAUCUUGUAGGUGGCUAUUUGAUGAUUGCAUGGAAGAGAUGAUCAUGUAGGGAACUUGACUGGCCCACAUUAGCUGGAGCCAUUGAUUUAUUUGGAAAUUAUGACACAAAUGGAAGAGAACUAAGUUUGAAAAGCUUCCAGCCUUUCAACGGAAGAUAACUGUUCUUGUUUUGCAGAUUGGGCACCUAUUUCUGAAGGUGAUCCUUUAGUAAACUGGAUAAAACCAUGGCUGCUAUUUUAUUCACAAAAGGUAAAAUGAAAAUGUCAGUU